AUGCUUGUAUCCCUUGAAAGUGCAGUGAAUCAAAUUAGAGAAGAGGAAAGGGAGCUUGAAAAGGCUAAAGCUACCACAACGGAACUCGAAGAAAAGGGGAUUGGUAAAAGUGUAGCAGUUCUUAUGACAAUAACAAUGAGGUGUCUUGUAGGAGCUGAUGAGGCCACUACAAGACGCAUUGCCAUGGUUGCAAGAAAGUACUUAAUUGGGAAAGGCCUUCUCGGAGUGGGUUGGCAAGGCUGUAGCUGCUCGCUUAAUAUGGGAGGUGGUUUAGAAUGGCUCAGGCUAGACAAAAGAAGGUACACACAAAAAUUGAGGAUGCGGUGA